AUGGGAGGUAAAGCACCCAUAGGAAUAUUGACCGAUCGGGAUGCCGUGAUGAGGAAGGCUUUAAGGUCAACCAUGAGUGAAUCAUGUCAUAGGUGGUGUUUAUGGCACAUUAUGCAGAAGUUUUGUAGGAAGCUCGGAAAGAAUGUAGAGUACCUUGAUUUGAAGGAAGACUUGGAGCAUGCAAUUUAUGAUAGUCUUGAUGGUGAUGAAUUUGAAAUGAAUUGGGCAACUGUGAUGGAGCGGUACAACCUGUCAGAGAAUGAAUAUGAUUGGCUUCAAGAUAUGUAUGAGAAAAGGAAUUUGUGGGGCCCCGCGUAUUUGAAGAAUUUAUUUUGGGCUGGGGUGAAGAUGACACAACGGGUUGAAAGCAUUAACAGUUGUUUUGGCUGUUAUGUUGACAAACAUACGCCUUUGUAUGAGUUUGCUGAGUCUUACUGUGAAGCAAUGGAGGGAAGAGAAAAUGCAGGAAGUAAGGCAGAUGAAAGUACGACGAGAAAUAUUAGGCAAAUUCUUACUGGAUUUCCAAUAGAAGAAGUCUUCCAGAAAUGUUAUACUGAUGCUAAGUUCAAUGAGGUUCAAAGAGAAUGUAGUAAAAUUCUUUAUGUGAAUUGUGUUAGAAGGAGGAAGUUGGAUGAUUUUGUGGAAGAGUAUGAGCUUGAGGAUAGGGUGUGGACAAAACCUAAAUACUAUAGGAAGGAUAUCCUAACGAAACGUAAGAUAAAGUAUGUCGCGACGUUUAAUUCUUUGACCAAAGAAGUUAGUUGUCAGUGCAAGCACUUUGAAUGCCAUGGAAUCAUGUGUAAGCACAUGAUUCUUUUGUAUGAUUUAAAUAACCAAACAGAAGUUCCUGAAAAAUAUAUACUUCGGUGUUGGAGGAAAGAUCUUGAACGAAAACAUACGAAGGUGAAGGUAAUGUACCAUGACCCCUUGAAGACAGAGACUGUUUGCAGGUAUGAUAAGUUGCAGGUGUUGUUUGAUCCCAUUUGUAAGAAAGCUUCUAGUUACAAAGAAACAGUUGAUGUAGUUGUAGAGAUAUUUCAGUUGUUGGAUAUUCGUUUGGAUGAGAAGAUUUCCAUGCUCGACAGGCAUAAUGAUGCUACCCAAAGUGAGGAGGUGAUGUUGGGAACCCCGUCUUCUGUAUGUCUAGAGAAGGGUAUGACUGAGGUGAUGGUUAAAAAUUUGGAACAAGUAUUGAAUAUGGUUUUGGGUUCAUUCCAAGAUCCUCAUCCACGAGUGAGGUGGGAAGCUAUCAAUGCAAUCGGGCAGUUGUCUACUGACCUGGGUCCAGAUUUGCAAUUGCAGUAUCACUAG